UCAAACACACACUCCCCACCACCACACGCUCACACACAACGAAAUGGAGGCUGUGAAGAGAGGCAAGACCGUCCUCGGCCUGGAAAUCAAUCUGAUUCUCUUUUAUGUUGGUGCUGCUCGUGCCUGUAUAGUCUCGGUCUCUCAACCACAGUACCUCGAAGUGGACCACACCCAAGAAGCCAUAACCAUUCAGUGUUCCUACUCCCAGGUGGGGUGCCCCGCAGAGCAACCAAGAAGCCUGUGGUUUCGCUAUGGAGCUCACCGGCCAGAGAACCUCUGCUUGGAUGGAUGCACCAGCGAUGCGGGCAAGUUCACAGUGAAGGAAGCCCUGACACAAAAUCAGGUUUCCCUCACUGUGAACAGGGUGACUCUCAACGACAGUGCCAUCUACAUCUGUGGAAUAGUCCUUCCCUUUUCAAAGGAACCAGGAGCCAAGCGGACCGGAGAAGGGACCAUGCUGGUGGUGAGAGAAAUGAAGGGACUCCACAGUCUCCUGAUAGCUGUUCUAUCACUGCUCUCUAUCUACAUGACUGUUGUUCUCGGGAUCUUCGUGGUCCUCUUCAAAUCAAAAUCUAACUCUCUAAGAAACAAAGAAACAGAAGACUCACAAAAGGAGAAAGGCAACACUUAUGAAUAAAGAAGAGCACUUUCUAACAUGAAAAGCCACAGAAAUGUUUUAAUUUUCAAUGAAGUCACUGAAAAUCCGAA